GGCCGCGGGGCUACCGGGAGCCUUGCUGCAAGGGGACCGCAGUCCCCUAGGUGGGCUCUGCCCGGACUGCUGCUGAGCGGCCUGGAAGGAGAAGCCGGCGGAGAUGCUCUUGCCAUCCUGUUAGUUCUGUUGGAAUCGUUUAUCUUGUACCUGUUUUUGGAAAGCAGUUGGUGAAGCUCGUCCUCUGGUUUGGUUAACGUUAGUGGAUGUGACCAGAAAGAUGCGCGUCAGGUUAGUUUGCAGUAAAUUAGGGUCCCUCAGGUGGACGUUAGCACAUGGUUUUAGAGUCCAAUUUGAGGUGUUUCAUUUCUUUUGUGGAAGAAUUUAUACUCGAAGUAUCCAACUUUGUGAGAGAUCGAACUAGAGGCAGAAGAGAGAGGGAACUGUCAGUGUUUCUCGGUGGAAGGAACAAAAGGUAGGCCUGCUGAUAACUGCAAGUUCAUCAGUGUCUUUCUAAUAGUUCUGAGAAACAUAGGUGAAACCAAAGGGCUUGGUUGGAGCCAGGAAUCGGGCUGAAUUGGUAGUGGAGUUGCUUAUGGGUUUCCCAGGAAGGAACUUUUCACGUACUAAUAUUGUUAUGUGAGCUUAGGAAUUUGCUCAUGAUGCAAAGUUGGUUGUGGAUAUGGAGAAUCAUGAUAUACUGAAAGAUGCGGGUGACCUUUAAGGAAUGAAUAGCAGAAAUAAGAUUACAGUGGAAAAUAAAAAUCUGAUUGUUAUGCCACAUGGCUAGUAUUAUAACUUCAAUCUUAAAUGGAAAUAGUUGGAAAAAAGUAGGCAGGUAGACUUGUUGACUAUUAGAUAUGUAUCAGUCAUGGAAGUGAUGCUUUUGUGAAGAGAGAGGUGGCAGUUCUAUGGUAGUUGUGCAAGACUGGGACCUUUUAUGCCCUCGUGUUUAAAUACUCUGCAAGUGCAGCAUCUGCAUGCAGCAGAGCUGGACUGGCACAAAGCAGGUCUACGAAGGUUGCGUUGUUCCCUGUUUGAGAAAAUACCUGGAAAAGUAUGGCUUUAAUUGCUGGAGCAGAAAGAAUGGUGAGGGGGAGUAAGAGUACUUGGUAAAGUACUUUUAUACCAGUAGGAGGGAACAACUGUUUAACUUGAAGAACAGUGUAAUCAUGAGGGUGGGGGCAGAGAAUACAUUAAAAUAAACUAGCUAUGAAUAAACUUAGUGUAGGUGUUGAAAGGUUUCUGUCUGAGCAGUUGCACUGUUUUUUCAGUGGAAUAGUAAGAGAUGUUGUGUCCUGUGCAGUCUGUUCCUCCCUCCCCCAAAAGUCACUGAUCCUAAGGUUGUAUGGCAGUCCUCAGUCCUUAGUGUAUGCUGGUAUAGAGUGCUAUCUUCCUUUAAAAAAAAAAAAUAAACCCAACAAACAAACUCUGUAUAUGCUACCUUCAUGCACAAAUACAUAUUCGAAAGGGGAGGAGGGGAAGGCUGUUUUUAACCAAAAUAGAGUUUUAUUGUCAGUGCUAUUGUUUUACCUGUACUUUGCCGAGAAAGAACUUUGUUCUGUAUUCAUGUAGUUACCCUGGUCCAUGAGUAUGUCUCCUAAAAAGUGAGGUCAUACAGCUCAUUUGUGUAUAAUUAACUAUAGUACAAUUCCUGUAUGCGUGGGCAGAAUUCUAGUUGUAAAAAUGAUUUAUCAUUUUAUUACAUGUUAGAUGAUUAAUGCUGAUGUUAUAUGCCAAUAAAGAAAGAUUAUGCUUGAUAAACACUGUUUAAAAUACAGUGUGAAUUAUUGUUGGUAGUGGUGCUAUGGCUUACUUUUUUUACCCUGGUAAAGAUAAUACCGUAGUCUCUUUACACGUUAGAGGGAGACUGUCAACUUGCUAUCUGUUUGAAUAAAAAAAAAAAAAUCCAAGUUUUUGUUUAAGGUGCUGGUACAUGUAAUGCUUUAGCAAGGUGGAUUCAAAGGGGGGGCACUAAGUUUUUCUUUCUCAGUUUGAGGGGCAUUUUGUUCUAUCUUCUGCUCUUGUGGAGAAUACCAUAACUGGUGGGAAAGUUAUAUAUCUUUGUAAGUUAUGUGACCCAGAGAAAUGGAAAAGAACAUUUUUUUUUUUUUUUGUAGUCAUUCAUAGUAAUGUUAUAUUUUGCAAUGGCAAUACAUAAAGGUGUUCUGAUUUUUGAGAUGUAUGUUGUGACCAUAUGUUUUGAAGUAUUUUUCAUUAAGACUCUUCUAUUAAGACUAAAGACUCUGUUCUUUAGAAUAAACAUAAAUUAAAGAAGUCCAAUUUUUUUUAUAAUUUAAGCCCCAGUCUUUUGGUUAUAUGCCAGUAUAGGUUAUCUGCUAUAAUAUGUCAGUAGGAAGGCAGUUAAAGAUGAUAAACAUCAUGAAAAGCUUGUGAGAUUAACGUUCCUUUGAUAAGAAUCUAAGGAACGUUACAUUUCUUCAUUUUGCUGUAGAUGAUUCAGUUGCUGAAAACGUAACAUAAACCAUGUUUUUAGAAGUCCUCGGUAUACUUGCAUGCUUCUGACUGUACCUCACUAACUCAUGCUCAGAAAGCUAGUUUGUUUGGGUGUUUUGAAUCUUAAAUUGAAAAUGUAAUGCAGUAUUUUUAUAAUAAACAUAGUGGUACUCCAUGUGGAAUAUCCCAUUUGAAUAUUUUUGAGUUUAAACUGGGAACUAUUUCUGAAUCUGCUUUUCUUUUUUUUUUUUUUCCCUGAAUUGGUAUAUGGGCCUUAACACUUAGACUGUUUCUCAGUUGUUGGUACCAGUCCAAUGUUAAUUGGUACCAGAUAAACUAGUAAGUGUUUUUUCUAAACAGAUAUAUUAAAACUAAAUAUACUGGUACAUAAAAUGCAUUUAGUGUUAAGAAUUAGUGCCAGAAAGGUAUAAUACUGAAUUAUGAAAAGAAAAUACUGAAAUAUGUAGUUAUCCCAAAACAUGCCAAGAAUUUAGCUCAAAUAGAUAACUGCUUAUGACUAAUGCGCUGUCAUUCAUUAAAAGUAGAAUUAGAUUCCUGAUGCAGAGAUAUUUUCCCCUCAUGUUUAUAUGAUAUACGUGGAAAUACUGAAGAACAGAAUAGACCAUUUCAGUUGGAGAGGACCUACAGUGAUCACCCAGUCCAACUGCCUCACCAAUUCAGGCCUGACCAAGUUAAAGCAUGUUAUUAAGGGUAUCAAAAGUUAGUUUCAUUAAAUAGUAUUAAAAACUAUCAUAGGAACUACAAUAAUUGGAAGAAAAUCCAGGUUCAGACCAGGAGGGUGAACUUACCCUUCAUUUGUCAAGUAGUUCAUCUAGGUCAAGACUACGGCAUGUAUGUAGUCCUAUGGGUGGCAGAUCAUGUUUGUCAUGUGGAUAAAAAAGACCGGUCUUAAGACGAUAAGCACGCAGUACUUCUAAAUGGAAGUCACAGCCUUUGGCUGGAAUUCUCUGGGAAUGUGAACACCAGUAAAUAUUUUCUUUUUUUAGCAUACAAGGUGUUUUUUGAAAUCCAAAGAAAAUAUGAAUUAACUUUUUCCACAUGACUUGGAUUUUCAAACUUCUGUCAAAGUUCUUGUUGACCUCUUAUAAAAUAACUUUUUGUCCUAUGUUUGGAAAACUUUUCAAUUGUUAUUUAAAAUCAUGUUAUUUGGGGAACUUUUAUUUUUUUAAAAAAACUUUUUCCCCAGAAAAAGGUUAAUAUCUAUGGAAGGGGGACCAACUCUAGGCAAGGGUCAGCCUUUGCUAGGCUUCCAAAGCUGCAAAACUUGGAAUGUUCUCUAAAUUGAAGUGUAAGUCUUAGAACUUUAGCAGGGAUACAGGGAGGCUCUUCGGUUUUUAGUCCCAUGUUGAACAUAGAGAAAGCAAAUCCGAAGUUACAAGUAAGCUUAAAUUGUUUCCCUGUGUCAGAGGUCAAACUUAAAUGCUUUAUAUCUGUUUGCUACAGUUCUCCUGGAAUGGAAAUAUUGAGUUUUUGUUGCUUCAAUCAAAAGUGUUGCUUGUAUCUAGAAGUAGAAUGAAUGAAAAAGCUGAAUGUUAAGUGCUUGAUGAUACUGAGGAAAAAUAAGUAUAUCAUCUGUGUGUGUGUUUGUGUGGUUUUUUUUUUUCUAGCAUGUUCACAGUUUUCCCAGAGGUCCUGUGAAGAAUGUCUAAAGAAUGUUUCGUGCCUUUGGUGUUACACCAACAACACUUGUAUUGAUUACCCUGUAAGAAGUAUUCUUCCACCGUCUUCAUUGUGUUCACUCUCAAAUGCUCGAUGGGGAGUUUGCUGGAUAAACUUUGAGGCUUUAAUUAUUGCCAUAGCUGUAGUAGCUGGACUCGUUCUGGUGUCCAUAGCAGUCUGUUGCUGUUACUGCUGUUACUGCAGAAGGCGUUCCAGGAGUAGACCAGAUGAAGAAGAAGAACAGCUAGCUAGAAAGAGAGAGGAACGAAGACUACAGUCUCUUCAGAGGAAACAUGAAAGAAAACUGAAGCAUGAUGAAAUACGUAAGAAGUAUGGUCUUCUCCAGGAUUCUGAUAAUCCAUACAGCAGAUUUGAGAAUGAAUAAAGCUGAGCACCUUCCACUGGUGCUGUAACUCCAGAGUGCAGGAAGAUAGUUCAUCUUCAUUUGCCCUUUGGGCUCUUUUAUUUUUUUUUUUUUUUUUCUUCCCCAAAGUUUGUUGUUUGGUUGGUUUUUUUCUCCUGUUUGUAAAACUGGGAGUGGAUAAAGACUUCAUUAAAUACAUGUUUCUGUCUUCUACCUAUAUAGAACUAAUUUUUUUUAUAAAUGCUUUCAGUUGUUGAAAUGUUUGACAGGUUUUUUUAUGGUGACAUUUAAGUGUGAUACUGUCUUUCCUCCUCUUAAAAUUGUGUUUUAUUACUUGAUGUAGAUGGCUAAUAGUCACAAUCAUGUGAAUUCAGUUUUAACUGCCACUUAAACAGUUGUUCCCAUGUUCCUAAAUAAAGAUUAUUCUCUACUGUAUCUCUUUUU